AUGGCAGCAGCAGCAGCAGCAGCAGCAGUAGCAGCAGCAGCCGGAAUCGUGUGCGGAGCAGGAGCAGGAGCCCGAGAAGAUUCAGUAGCAGCAGCAGCAGCAGCAGCAGCAGUAGCAGUAGCAGCAGCAGCAGUAGCAGCAGCAGCAGCAGCAAAGGCGAGCAAAAGGAGUAGCAGCAGCAGCAGUAGCAGCAGCAGCAGCAGCAAAGGCACAAUGGACGUUGCUGAUCCUGCUGCUGCUUUGAAGGCAAAAGUUGCACGGCGUCUGCAAGAGCAAAAGGAGAGGGGUGAAAAACUCGGUGGAGAUUCACGGAGACCGCUGACGGCUGAGGAAGGGCGUAUGCGGAAGAUGAAGACGAUCAUCGAUGAAGAAGCAGCAGAGGCAGCCAAAGGCAAAGCCACCUGGAGAGAUGACUUUGCUGCUGCGGCAGAGGGCAGCAUGAGAGCAGCAGCAAUCGCUUUGGUAGAAGACGAAAGUGAAUUUUCUUUUGCUGACUUCAUAGACAGACAUCGACAUGCAAAGAAAACGGCUGUUGCUGCGGGAGAGGAGGCGAGCCACCUGGACGCGAUCUUCGGCAGUGGCCCUGUGCAGCACAAGACAGUGCUUGAGGAGCGGGAGCCGUCGCCUCCCAGGCUGCAAGUCAGGAGCCGCAGCAGCAGCAGACGGCGCAGCAGCAGCCGCAGCAGCAGAAGCAGAAGCAACAGCCAGAAGGCGAGCAACAAGCAGCAGCAGCAGGGCCAAAGCACCGAACAGCAGCAAACCCAGCAAAGCCCCAGGGAGUUCACACGGCGAGAAUCGAAGAACCCAAGAGCAGCAGCAGCAGCAGCAGCAGCAGCAACAGAAGCAGGAGGCGGGCUGCAGGUUAUGCUGCUCUCAGCAGAGGCAAUGCUGUCUGAGGACCAACUGCAGCAGCAGCAAACUGCAGCAGAAGCGGCCAACAGUGUGCCUAAGUGGAAACUCAAGCUGCUACAGCGACAGCAGCAACAAGAUUAG